AUGUCUUCCACUUCCACAAGAACAUUCUCCCUCGAGGCUCUACCCCGUGAUCCAAACAUAUCAAAGACUUCCACACCAAUCCCUGAGGGCUCAUUAUCCAGCUUGAACUUCGAACCCACAAACCUCGAUGCCAUCGUUGCCGCAUCCCGCCUUGCCGAUGCCGAAGUCCCUGAUGGAGGAUAUGGCUGGGUCGUUAUAGCCGCCUGCAGCGCUCUAACCUUCUGGUUCGUAGGCACCACCUACUCCUGGGGCAUCAUCCAGGCCGCACUCGUCGAGCGCAACUUGUCCAGUCCGUCUACCAUCAGUUUCGUAGGCAGCUUGGCCUGUGCGAGUAUCUCCAUCUUGGCGCUAGUCAAUGCGAGGACUAUUCGGAAGUUGGGGGCUAGGAUGACGGCGCUGAUUGGCGUGGGGUGUCUGGGGUUGGGGGAGAUUCUGAGUGGGUUCUCGACGAGGAAUGUUGGAGCGCUGUUUUUUACCGCGGGUGUUGUGAUGGGGAUUGGGUGUAGCCCAAGACACCAUCAUAUUUUUCCUUUGGUCUCUACGAUUACCCCUCAGUAUUUCAACAAAAAGCGAGGCAUAGUAAAUGGAUUCGUCUAUGCUGGAGGCGGAUUAGGUGGCACUGUUAUCUCGUUUGCUGUGAACGGAUUGAUCAAUUCCCUUGGACCAGAAUGGACGUUCAGGAUUCUUGGUUUGGUCACGCUCGCGACUAGCUUUCCGGCUGCGUGGUUGAUUAAGGAGCGCCUGCCUAUUACGACAGCCACUUUCGUCGAAUGGUCGCUGUUCAAGAACGUCCAGUUUACUACGCUGUUCUUUGCUGGUGCUAUCGCAACCUUCCCCCUCUUCGUCCCACCCUUCUUCCUCCCACUAUACAGCGCCUCCCUCGGUCUCUCCCCCUCAGCCGGCGCCGGUCUAGUAGUCGGCUUCAACUUCUCCUCCGCCGUCGGCCGUCUCUGCUGCGGCUUCCUAUGCGACUUCAUGGGACCCGUCAACACUCUCCUCCUCUCAUUAUUCCUAAGCGCUUUAAGCAUGCUCGCUAUCUGGCCCGUGUCAAGCUCCCUAGGCUCGCUCAUCGUAUUCGUGAUCAUCAACGGCGCGGCAAAUGGCGGUUUCUUUUCGUGCAUGCCUACUGUGGUAGGCAGUGUAUUUGGCUCCAGGAGAGUGGGCGUUGCUAUGGGUAUGAUUGUUACGGGAUGGGGUGGAGGGUAUUUGAUGGGCGCUCCGAUUGCCCGGUAUCUCCUCGCGGCGUACGGGGGGCCGCAUAGUACGUUGAAGGCGUAUCAUCCUGCUAUGAUCUACGCGGGAUCUAUGGCGUUGGGCGCUGCGCUACUGGUACUGGUGUUGAAGCUGAGAAUAAGCAAGAGUCCUUUUAAGAAGUUAUAA